AUGGGGGUGCCGCUGCUACUCACGUGGCUGAAGCGACGCUUCGCGCCGUGCUUCUUGCCUAGCACCAGCUGCCCAGCUACGGACUGUCUGUACAUUGACGUAAAUGGGCUUGUGUACCAGUCCGCCGCCCUCGCGACUUCCAGUGAGGCGUCCGCGGCGGACAUUGACGCCGCCAUCCUGCGGAAGCUCUUCGACCUGCUUGACGAUAUCGUCUUGCGUCUUGUUCGCCCACGCGCGCUGGUGUACUUGGCCGUGGACGGCAUCUCUCCUAUGGGCAAACUCGCCCAGCAGCGUUCCCGGCGGCGGCGUCGCAGCAGUGGUGGCUCGCGUGGAAGAGGCGCUGUGGAGUGGGACAGCAACAGCAUCAGCGUCGGCACCCCGUUCAUGUCGCGACUGACGGAGGCGCUGCACUUUUACUGCGCCAGCCGCGCGGAACGCGUUAAUGGAGAGCGGCUGCGUGACGCAAUGCAACCGGCCGCACAGAGCGACACAAUGGCAGGGGCGGAUCCCGCGACACCCAUCACGUUUGUCGUGGAUGGUGUCUGGCGACCGGGGGAGGGGGAAAACAAAAUAGCAGAUGCCAUUCGCCGCUUCCGCUCACAGCCAACGUACGACCCAAACACGUCUCACGUCAUCUGCAGCUCUGACACGGAUGUGACGGUGUGCUCCCUGAUCCUGCAUGAGCCACGCAUCCACGUCCUCCGGUAUGAGUACCCCACAACCCACAGCAGUGGCGGUAGCGGCAACAGCAGUAGUUGGCGGAAUCAUGUGGGCGACGGUUGGGCCUCCACGUUUUUUAGCAUUCAUGCCUUUCGUGAGGAGUUGCGCGCCAAACUCAGGCUACAACCCAGUGGCAGCAACUCCGUGGACGAGGUGGAACGCAGAAAUCGUCAGUUUGAACGCGCGCUCCACGACGUGGUGUUUGUUCUGCUCUUGUUUGGGAACGACUUCCUCCCCUCGGUGGGAUGCCGUAUCGAGGAGGGUUUUCUGGACGAUCUCCUAGAGCUCCUCUCCACUGACUUCAUCUCGCGGGAUCGCUCCAUCAUUGAUCCAUCCACAAACACCAUUCAGUUUGACGCCGCCCGAUACGCAUUGGACUCCCUGGCAGAGCUGCGCAGCGAGCGCGCUGGUGGUGAGGGACUGUGCGUCGACAAUGGCAAGGAGGGCGCCACCGACUGGGGUUUUGUGGAUGAAGACUUCCUGAGACGGAAGCAGGCGAGGGAGGAGACGGAGCUGGCACCUCAGUGCUACGCGUACUGGACGAUGCUGCAAUGGUCUCUGCAGAACAGUGCAGGGCUGGUGGAGCACUGGGGCUGCUACUACCCGUACAGCAGUGCCCCUCCGCUGCAUCUACUUCGGAAGUACUGUGGCAUGUUGUCAUACGAAGCCCUGAUGGAGCUGGCGAAGAAACGCAGCCGUUUGAGGCACCGUAGUUCCACCGCCAGCGCCAGUGAGGUGGAAACUGCGGUCUCAGUGUGGGGGGAUGGCCCUGCAGAUGUGCUGGUGCAGCUUCUCGUGUUGCUGCCUGCGCGGAGUACCGCGCUUCUUCCAUCGGCGGUUCGCAACGCAUACAGCGAGAUUGAACAAAUCGUGCUGUCCCCGGUGGAGCAAAUCGAUUUUGCCGCCAUUUCGGCGUGGUGUAAAGCGAAGCAGACAAUGUUCACUGAAGAGAAGCGAACGCGGUUCCGCGCCUAUGCGUUGGCUGCCAGGCCCCAUGUGCUUGCAACAGAGGCGCAUGGAAUGCCGAUUCAAGGGGACGAAAUGAUUUUUGUUGCCGAUUGGGAUGCCGAGGAAUUUUUGGCAGAAGUGCAGCAGGCAAAGGCCGCAAGAACGCUAGAACAGACAAAAACAGCAGGGGCGGGGAACACGGCUGUGACGAACGCUGCAUCACCGGCAAGCAGCAUGCCAAGUGUGUCGGUGUCCUCAUUCUUUGCCCCGCGGCCGUCGCGCACCGGUUCAUUGGCGGCAACAGCCGCACUGAUAGCCGCGUCCAAAAAGGCUGACGUCUCUAAUCGUCACCAUAGCGGUGACAAUGUUGCCGACAACGAUAGGAGUCGUGAUGGUGCCAUGCCCGUUACCCACGCGGUCACUUUGCCGGAGACACCGCGUCCCUCGGAGGGGGCUGAACUGCGGUGCGGACGUGGGUUCACACUUGUCACGGCACCCACGGCAGUGCUGGGCGACGCCGCCAUGGCCAAGAAUGCUGGUGCUGUCGCCGGCGACACCUUCGUCUGCGGCCAGCACACCAGCACCCCUUUGUCACGGAACCCGCAGACGAUGCGGGUCCGCCUGCGAUGGCGCGUCGCCUCCAAGCCGCUGUUAACCUCGGCGCGAUUUGUGCCGGACCUUCUUCAGGGAUACACCGCCCCACCGUCGCCUCUCCCGGCACCGCCCUCCGCGUGUCAUGACGCAAAUUUGGUUGGUGUGAAGCGCCCGCUUUCCGCGGUGGAAGGCUCGGGCUGCUGCUGUAGCGACGACGACGACGAUGUUGACAAAUCAGUUGGGGGGGAAAAAGCGGACGGGGAGGUGUCCACCCAUAACCUCAUGUCCGAACUGGAGAAAAAGAAGGAGGUUGUGCGGCGUCGGCUAGAGGCUUUACAGGCACGCGCAGGUGGAAAUGUAUCGUGA